GCAUUGUGGGUAAUAUUCCUGCGCAGAAGUGUCCAAGAAGUCCAAACAAAAAUGGCGCCCAAAAACUUGGGGAAGAAUGGAGCUCCCAGGCAAAACCCUAGGUUAUCACCAGAAAAGAAGGCUUCUCGUCCAGGGACGGCGGGAGAUCUUGGAUUACCGGAUAUUUCUAGACCGAUGUGCUACAUGUUGGUGUGCGUGGUGGCGGUAGGGUGCUACCUGAACAGCCUUCCCGGAGACUUCGUGCACGAUGAUGUGAUGGCGAUCAAAACCAACAAAGAUGUUUUGGGGAAAACGCCCCUCUCGGAAGUUUUCCUGAACGAUUUCUGGGGGAAGAGAAUGUCGGAUAACACCAGCCACAAGUCAUACCGGCCUCUGUGUGUCCUUACUUUCAGAAUAAACCACCUGAUAGGCGGGCUGGACCCUGCUGGCUUCCAUGCUGUCAACAUGCUGCUGCACACAGCUGUCACAGUGCUGUACAUGUACGUGUGUGAGCAGGUGGUGUUCAGCUGUGUGCACCUGGCGCUGCUGGCUGGCCUCAUGUUUGCUGUUCAUCCUGUCCACACUGAAGCGGUGAGUGGUAUUGUUGGUCGUGCUGAUGUUCUGGCUGGGCUGUUAUUCCUUCUGUCAUUCCUGGCCUUCACAAGAAGUGUGGCUACAGUGUGUAGAAGUGUGGACUUCCCUGCUGGGAUAAUAAACCACCUGAUAGGCGGGCUGGACCCUGCUGGCUUCCAUGCUGUCAACAUGCUGCUGCACACAGCUGUCACAGUGCUGUACAUGUACGUGUGUGAGCAGGUGGUGUUCAGCUGUGUGCACCUGGCGCUGCUGGCUGGCCUCAUGUUUGCUGUCCAUCCUGUCCACACUGAAGCGGUGAGUGGUAUUGUUGGUCGUGCUGAUGUUCUGGCUGGGCUGUUGUUCCUUCUGUCAUUCCUGGCCUUCACAAGAAGUGUGGCUACAGUGUGUAGAAGUGUGGACUUCCCUGCUGUGUCGUCCCAUGGACAGUACGUGCUGUGCCUGGUGCUGGGUGCCUGUGCCAUGCUGGUGAAGGAACAGGGCAUCACGGUGCUGGGUGUGUGUGUGCUGUACGACACGCUCAUCAUCUGUAGGAGGGGAAUUCUCAGACAUCUGAGGGAGCGGAGUGUUUCUGGUUUUCUACAUGACAGCAGACCAUUCCUCAAGAGAAGUGCUGUCACAGGCCUGGUGGUCCUGUGCUUGCUGUGUUUCCGUGUGUGGAUGUUGAAUGGCACACUACCCCAGUUCUCAGACCAGGACAACCCUGCAUCCUUCUCACCAUACCUGGCCACCAGGUAA